AUGAACGAACUGUACGCACCUGGGCCAGCCUCAAACAGCCAUGCCGAGGUUCGAGCUAUUCCAGGGCCCGUGCACAGCUUUCAGAAGGAGACCCCCACAAAACACCCCCUCCCAAAGGACCCCCAUUCACUAUACCGAAAUGUGAAUGCAAUGUCAUCGUGUUCAAGUCAGGGUAAAGUUACAGUCCCAGCUAUUAACCAACAUCCUUCCCUAUCCCCAUCCAGUAUGGGCCUACAUCGGGGCACAUACCCUGCCAUACCAGUUAUGCCCAAAACCCCGUCCAAAGAGUGUGCCCGGAGGAAGAGAGGUAGGAAGGCGGACAACAAGCGUGGUGGCAGUGUGGAAGCUUCUUAA